AUGUCUCGCAGGGAUCACAAUGCCCUUCAAAUUCCAUGUGGCUACUUAAAAUGUGCGCGCUUCUUCAAGACUCAGGCAGGCCGAAAAAAACAUUGGAACUCUGCGCACAGAACAUUCACAGUGUCGCAUACCACUACAGUUGGAGACGAUUCUGAAGAGCUACCGGACGAUAAUUUCACCGCUGACCACAAUGAUUUCUCCCCAGGUUCCCCUGACCUGGGUCAGUCAUUUGGUGAGCCUGACAACCCAGACAACGUCGACAUCGAAUUUUGGGGGCCACGUGAUAAAUUAUACCACAACUUUCACUCAAAACUAAAUGCGCGUCCUUGUGAUGCAACUGGGCAGUUUCUUGAAGAUGGAGCGCCUCCAAUACCACCUCCAGACAAGUCACCCGAUGACUGGACCCCGUACCGGAGUCGUGUCGAAUUCGAGACCGCAGAAUUCCUGUACACGCGCAACCAAAUGUCUGCCGGGAACAUCAACAUAUUAUUGGAUCUUUGGGCCGCAACUCUCCUCAAGCACAAUGACAAGCCACCAUUUGCAGACUGCCGUGAUCUGUAUAAAACUAUCGACAGUACACCGGUAGGCGAUAUCAAAUGGCAAUCUUUCAAGGUCCAGUAUACUGGGGAGAAGCCGGCACACGACAUACCACCCUGGAUGGAUCAACCUUAUGACGUCUGGUACCGCGAUCCCCAUGAGGUCGUUCAUAACAUGUUGGCGAAUCCAGAAUACGCAACAGAAAUGGACUACCGGCCCUACCGCGAGUACUCAACUGAUAGUGACGAGCGCCAAUGGCAGGACUUCAUGUCCGGCGACUGGGCUUGGAACCAAGCGGAUAUUAUUUCUGAAGAUCCCGAAACACUUGGCUCAACGUUUGUGCCAGUCAUACUUGGGAGUGACAAGACAACGGUUUCAGUGGCGACUGGUGCUAAUGACUAUUAUCCCCUCUAUGUAUCUAUCGGAAAUGUUCGAAACAAUGUUCGACGCGCACAUCGUGAUGCUGUUGCCAUUAUUGGCUUCCUUGCCAUGCCAAAAACUACACAGGAGCAUGCCUCUGACCCACGGUUUCGAAAAUAUCGCCGGCAACUCUUUCAUUCGUCUCUUGCCAAGAUCCUCGAGAACCUAAAGCCCGGCAUGACAAAACCAGAGGUCGUGCGCUUUGGCGAUGGCCACUACCGGCGUGUAAUCUAUGGUCUUGGACCAUAUAUCGCGGAUUAUGAAGAGCAGGUUCUGUUAGCCUGUAUAGUGCGGUUUUGGUGUCCUAGAUGUAUGUCUCACCGUAACGACUUAGAUGCCGAGUCAUUGUGUCGGUGUCGCGACCAUACAGAGGCACUCGUUGAAGAGAUAGACUACGGCGCUCUAUGGCUAGAGUAUGGGAUUGUCAGUGACCUUGUGCCUUUUACAAACGAUUUUCCUCGAGGCGACAUCCAUGAACUUAUCGCGCCAGACCUUCUGCACCAACUAAUCAAAGGAACGUUCAAGGAUCACUUGGUCACAUGGGUCGGUAAAUAUUUGAGACUCGUGCACGGUGAGAAAGAAGCAGAGAGAAUUCAAGAUGAUAUAGAUCGAAGGAUCGCUGCAGUCGCGUCAUUUUCAGGCCUUCGACGUUUCCCGGAAGGCCGAGGAUUCAAACAAUGGACGGGCGAUGAUUCGAAGGCGCUCAUGAAGGUUUACCUUCCUGCCAUUCAAGGCCAUGUCCCAACAGACGUGGUGCGCUCGUUUCGCGCAUUUCUUGAAUUUUGCUAUCUCGUUCGGCAUAACAUUAUUACAGAAUCUACGUUAGCUCAAAUUCAAGAGGCUCUUGACCGGUUCCAUCAGUACAGGGAAAUAUUUAAGUCAACGGGCGUCACCCCCACAUUCUCCCUCCCUCGACAACACUCAUGUUCUCACUAUAUCCUACUUAUCCGACUUUUCGGUGCGCCUAAUGGCCUUUGCUCAUCAAUCACGGAAACCAAGCAUAUCAAAGCUGUCAAAGAGCCUUGGAGACGCUCAAGUCGCUACAAGGCCCUCAGUCAAAUGUUGUUGACCAAUCAGCGCCUUGAUAAGCUUGCAGCGGCGCGGGUUGACUUCAAGAGCCGUGGAAUGUUGAACGGUACCUGCCUGUCAGCAACACUUGAGAAAUUGAAACAUCUACGCCUAAAUACAGUGUCUGAGACUGACCGGCAUGAUGAGUCGAACAAGGAUAGCACGGUGCUACUCUCCAAGGCAGGUGUUACGAUACUGGGUGACAAUGAAGAGGGCGAAAUUGAUGACAGCCCAACGCUGGUGCAAGCUCACGUUCAGUUGGCCAAGACAUGUCAACGCAAACGUGCACACUAA